UGUUUGUCGAUUUCCAGACGGGGGCGUUUACCCAGAGCACGCGGGGAAGCCAGUGUUGUGUGAAGAUGGCGGUUAGAGUGCUGUAUACAACGCCCGAAUAAAUAAUAUCACGCAGUCCUUCAGAUCUCCGGAACAGAUAAUACAUCUGUACUUAAGCCCUUUUUCUCUACCCUGCAUCAGAGUGUGGCGGCAUGGAGGGAGGUAAACCAUCCCUUGCGCUAGUCUACCAGGCCGUGCAAGCCCUUUAUCACGACCCGGACCCCGCCGGAAAAGAACGAGCCUCUGUAUGGCUUGGGGAGCUGCAGAGAUCGAUGUACGCCUGGGAGAUUUCGGAUCAGCUGCUCCAGCUGAAGCAGGACGUGGAGUCCUGCUACUUCGCGGCCCAGACGAUGAAGAUGAAGAUCCAGACCUCGUUCUAUGAACUUCCUGCCGACACUCACGUGUCCUUGCGUGACUCGCUGCUCUCUCACAUUGAGAACCUCAAAGACCUCUCCCCCAUCAUCGUCACCCAGCUUGCUCUGGCAAUAGCAGAUCUUGCCCUGCAGAUGGCCUCGUGGAAGGGCUGUGUUCACACACUUAUUGAGAAAUACAGUAACGAGGUGACGUCGAUGACAUUCCUGAUCGAGAUCCUGACCGUGCUGCCCGAGGAGGUCCACAGCCGCUCCCUGCGGAUCGGAGCCAAUCGGCGCACGGAGAUCAUUGAGGACCUGGCCUACUACUCCAGCACCGUCAUCACGCUGCUGCUCUCCUGCGUGGAGAAGACGGGCAGUGACGAGAAGAUGCUGAUCAAGGUGUUCCGCUGCCUGGGCAGCUGGUUCAACCUGGGCGUGCUGGACAGCAACUUCAUGGCCAACAACCAGCUCCUCAUCGUCCUCUUCCAAGUGCUGCAGCGGGACGAGACGUCCACCAACCUGCACGAGGCGGCGUCGGACUCCGUGUGCUCCGCCCUGUACGCCAUCGAGAACGUGGACGCCAACGUGGCGCUGGCCAUGCAGCUGUUCCAGGGCGUGCUGACGCUGGAGACGGCCUACCACAUGGCCGUGGCCCGCGAGGACCUGGACAAGGUGUUGAAUUACUGCAGGAUCUUCACGGAGCUGUGCGAGACCUUCCUGGAGACGAUCGUGCGCAGUCCCGGGCAGGGGAUGGGCGACCUGCGUACGCUGGAGCUCCUGCUGAUCUGCGCGGGGCACCCCCAAUAUGAGGUUGUGGAGAUCUCCUUUAAUUUCUGGUACCGGCUUGGCGAGCACCUGUACAAGACCAACGACGCUGUCCUGCACAGCAUCUUCAGGCCUUACAUACAGAGGCUGCUGCAUGGGCUGGCCCGGCACUGCCAGCUGGACCCCGAUCACGAGGGAAUUCCAGAAGACACAGACGAUUUCGGAGAGUUCCGGAUGAGGGUCUCAGACCUGGUGAAGGACGUGAUUUUCCUCGUGGGGUCCAUGGAGUGCUUUUCCCAGCUGUACUCCACUCUGAAAGAGGGCAACCCGCCCUGGGAGGUGACCGAAGCUGUGCUCUUCAUCAUGGCCGCCAUCGCCAAGAGCGUAGACCCUGAUAAUAACCCCACCCUGACGGAGGUGCUGGAGCAGGUGGUCCUGCUGCCGCAGACGGUCCACAUCGCCGUGCGGUACACCAGCAUCGAGCUGGUGGGGGAGAUGAGCGAGGUGGUGGACCGCAAUCCCCGCUUCUUAGACCCCGUGCUGAAUUACCUGAUGAAGGGCUUGAGGGAGAAGCCGCUGGCCUCGGUGGCUGCCAAGGCCAUCCACAACAUCUGCUCGGUGUGCCGGGACCACAUGGCGCAGCACUUCCAGGGCCUCCUGGACAUCGCCCGCGCGCUCGACUCCUUCGCCCUGUCCACCGAGGCCGCCGUCGGCCUCCUCAAAGGCACUGCUUUAGUUCUUGCCCGGCUGCCGCUGGAGAAGAUCGCCGAAUGUUUGAGUGACCUGUGCGCAGUGCAAGUCCUGGCCCUCAAAAAGCUUCUCUCCCAAGAGCCUAGCAAUGGCAAAUCAUCUGACCCCACGGUGUGGCUGGACAGGCUGGCGGUCAUCUUCAGACACACAAACCCUAUAGUAGAGAACGGCCAGACGCAUCCCUGUCAGAAAGUCAUACAGGAAUUGUGGUGUGUGUGAUUCUGACUCCUCUCUCUUGCUGCCUCUCAUUCCCGUCUCACCUAUUCCUCUUGCUCCAAUUCUUUUUCUCUCCGUUUCAUUGCCACUCUGUCUCUCUCUCUCUCCAUCUCCCCCCUCUAUCCCUCUCAGAUGGUGAGUGUGUAUCAGGUGUACCCACACUCCUGCUUCCUGUACCUGGGGAGUAUCCUGGUGGAUGAGUAUGGAAUGGAGGAGGGCUGCAGACAGGGUCUGCUGGACAUGUUACAGGCCCUGUGCAUGCCGACCUUCCAGCUGUUGGAACAGCCCAACGGACUGCGCAACCACCCCGACACGGUGGACGACCUCUUCAGGCUGGCCACCAGGUUCAUACAGCGGAGUCCUGUCACGCUGCUCUCCAGUCAGAUCAUCAUUCACAUCAUCCAGUGCGCCAUCGCCGCCACCACGCUGGACCACCGGGAUGCCAACUGCAGCGUCAUGAAGUUCGUGCGUGACCUCAUCCACACGGGCAUCACCAACGACCACGAGGACGACUUUGAGCUGCGGAAGCAGCUGAUUGCUCAGGCGAUGGGGCAGCACGGGCAGCAGCUGGUCACCCAGCUCAUCCACACCUGCUGCUUCUGCCUGCCCCCCUACACCCUGCCCGACGUGGCCGAGGUCGUCUGGGAGAUCAUGCUCUUCGACCGGCCGACGUUCUGCCGCUGGCUGGAGAACGCGCUGAAGGGUCUCCCCAAGGAGACGGCGGGCGGGGCCGUGACCGUCACACACAAACAGCUGACCGACUUCCACAAACAGGUCACCAGUGCAGAGGAAUGCAAGCAGGUCUGUUGGGCAAUUCGAGAAUUCACCAGGUUGUUCCGAUAGCUACGCGUGCACGUUCUACCAGAAGACCAGGACUCUUUUCUUUGCAACGUUGAAAGGUGUGACAGCAUUGAGGAACGAGGUGACUGCAAAUGAAAAAAAAGGGAACUCCCUCAUGAAGGGUGGGUGGGACUCAGCCCUCUGUGGAAAGCCAAUGGGACGCGUGGCUGUGUUGGAGAGGUGUGUGAGCGAUGGGCACCGAGGUGCUCGGGGAAAAAAAGAGGUCUUUGCGGAUCUGGCGCUGCUGUAGCCGCAGCUGGAAAACAGGGGAUUGUGGGAAGCCCGAUGGCUUUUCCGGAGGACUGAGCUUUUUAAUGAACGUUCGCUGAUUUGGAGACAUGAAUUCACCCCAAGUCGGCUGGAUUUCUACAAAUCAAGGACCCAUCGUGAAACGAAAGAAAAAAAAAAACGAAAAAAAAAAACAAAGAUGUGCCUGGUAGAAAAAUACAUAAAGACUUGUGUAUGUUUUGAAAAUGAAAGAGAAUUUAUUUUCAUGGACUGUCUAAAGAACGACCAAACAUGGUUUGCUGUCUGUGCCAUUAAAAAGAAAAGAAAAAAAAACAAAUAGCAAGUCCAUGAUAUCGGCUUCAAAAAUGAAAUUUGGAAUUGCUAGAAAGGGAUGCUGGAUGCAGCCCUUUGACCUUUUUAAUGAUUGGCUGGAGUUUUACCGUUACGCGAUUGCCAGAGUAAGCUGCGACUUGGUCGAGUGGACUCUGGCAGGGGUUUUUUUUUUUUUUUUUUCUUUCCUCCUCCUGGCAGUGCAUUCUGGGAAGAAGGUGAGAGACCAUCAUUCAUUGGAUGGCUGCCCUGGGCCCGAGGAGGUGUGCUAACAUACUUCCCCAUCUGGUGUUGCAGCCAUCUCGUGAACAAUAAAAUUAAAGUGAGGACAAAA